CAGGGAGGAGGAGCAUGAGAACAGGGAGCGGUCAGAUUCCAUUUCACCUGGAUGAGCAGAAGGAAGGAAAGUGAGCAGUCACGUGAUUUCCAGUAAAUGCAGAGAGGAGGAGCCUCCAGUGAAAGUGAAAGUGUUCAGACUGGUUCUGACUUCAAGGAGCAGACGGAGGAGACGUGAAGUCUGAGGCUGACUGAAGAUGAGUGUUUAUGAGGAGGAAGAGGACAGAGCAGAGUCUCCAGGGUUCAGCUGUGUGUCUCUGAAGAGUGACUGGUCCAAAGAAGAGCCUCUAACCUUCAGGAAUGAACCUGGACCCUCACACACAAAAGGUCAGGACCACAGACUGAGAGCAGAGUCUCCAGGGUCCAGCUGUCUGUCUCUGAAGAGUGACUGGUCCAUGGAUUUUCCUCUAAACUUCAGUAAUGAACCUGGACCCUCACACACAGACAACGUUUUUUUUGUGGAAUACCUGAUGCGGCCCAGCCUCACCCAGAUACUGCCUCCAGUGGCCCCCAGGGAGAGGAAGAGGAGUCAUGUCUCUGAGGAGGAGCAGUCGUCCUGCUGUGCUUCGUGUAAGGACUUCCUGAAGGAUCCAGUCUCCACCAGCUGUGGACACUGGUUCUGCAGACAGUGCAUCACCUCAUACUGGGACCAGUCUGGCUCUUCAGGAGACUCCUCCUGUCCCCAGUGUGGACAAAGAUCCAGAACAGGAGCUGGAGGUCAGACAGCCGCAGAUCGUGGUCUGCAGGAGGUUUCAGAUGAACAUAAGCUCAGUGUGAGGAGGAGAUGUGAACAUGUGACUGAAGGAAGUGAUGAAACAGGAAGUAGAACCCUCCUCAACAGGAUCUACACUGAGCUCUACAUCACAGAGGGACAGAGUGAAGAGGUUAAUACUCAACAUGAGGUGAGUCAGCUUGAGACGGCUUCCAAGAUGAAGAUCCUCCAGGACACUCCCAUCAAGGUCCACGACAUCUUUAAAGCCUCCACUGACCAGCAGAGCAGCAUCAGAGUCGUCCUGACCAACGGAGUCGCUGGCGUUGGAAAAACCUUCUCGGUGCAGAAGUUCACUCUGGACUGGGCAGAGGGUUUAGAGAACCAGGAUGUGGGUCUGCUGGCUGUGCUUUCGUUCAGGGAGCUGAACCUGGUGAAGGACCAGCAGCACAGUCUUCUCACGCUGCUCCAUGUUUUCCAUCCAGCGUUACAGAAGCUCACUGCAGAGACGCUCGCUGUCUGUAAACCUUUGUUCAUCUUUGACGGCCUGGAUGAAAGCAGACCUUCUCUGGACUUCAACCACAGGGAGCUUGUGUCUGAGGUCACACAGAGGUCAUCAGUCAACGUGCUGCUGACAAACCUCAUCCGGGGGAAUCUGCUUCCCUCGGCUCUCGUCUGGAUAACCUCCAGACCUGCGACGGCCAAUCAGAUCCCUCCUACAUGUGUUGACAGGGUCACAGAAGUACGAGGCUUCACUGAGGCCCAGAAGGAGGAGUACUUCAGGAGGAGAUUCAGUGAUGAAGAGCUGUGCAGCAGAAUCAUCUCACACAUCAAGACGUCCAGGAGCCUCCACAUCAUGUGUCAAAUCCCAGUCUUCUGCUGGAUCAGUGCUACAGUUCUGGAGCACAUGUUGACCACAGACCAGAGAGGAGAGCUGCCCAAGACCCUGACUGACCUUUACUCACACUUCCUGAUGGUUCAGACAAAGAGGAAGAACAACAAGUACGGUGAAGGACAUGAGACGACUCCACAGCAGCUGACGGAGGCUGACAGGGACGUUCUCCUGAAGCUGGGGAGGCUGGCACUUAAACAUCUGGAGGAAGGAAACAUCAUGUUCUACCAAGAAGACCUGGAGCGGUGUGGACUUAAUGUCACAGAGGCCUCGGUGUACUCAGGAGUUUGUACUGAGAUCUUCAGAAGAGAGUGUGUGAUCUUCCAGAAAUCAGUCUACUGCUUUGUUCAUCUGAGCGUUCAGGAGUUUCUGGCUGCAGUCUACAUGUUCCACUGUUACACCGAGAGGAACACAGAAGAACUCAACAACUUCUUGGGAACAUAUAAGCACACAGACAGUUCCUUCUCCCUGGAUGACCUCCUGAAGAGAACCAUGAAGAAAUCCCUCACCAGUACAAAUGGUCAUCUGGACCUGUUUGUUCGCUUCCUUCACGGCCUCAGUCUGGAGUCCAACCAGAGAGUCUUAGGAGGCCUGCUGGGUCGUACAGGGAACAAUCCAAAUAUCAUCCAGAGAGUCUUCAGAUGGUUAGUGGGUCGGACAGGGAACAAUCCAGAGAUCAUCCAGAGAGUCAUCAACAACCUGAAGGAGAUGCAGAGUGAUGACAUUUCUCCUGACAGAAGCAUCAACAUCUUCCACUGUCUGACUGAGAUGAACGACCACUCAGUUCAUCAGCAGAUGAAACAGUUCCUGACGUCAGAGAACAGAUCAAAGGAGAAACUCUCUGAGAUCCACUGCUCAGCUCUGGCCUACAUGCUGCAGAUGUCAGAGGAGGUUCUGGAUGAGUUGGACCUGAAGAAGUUCAACACAUCAAACGAGGGUCGAUGGAGACUGAUCCCAGCUGUGAGGAACUGCAGGAAGGCUCGACUCUGUGGUUGUCGACUCUCAGAGACUCACUGUGAAGUCGUGGCCUCAGCUCUGAAGUCAGACCCCUCACAUCUGCGAGAACUGGAUCUGAGUGAAAACAAGCUGCAGGAUUCAGGAGUGAAGCUGCUGUGUUCUGGACUGGAGAGUCCAAACUGUCGACUGGAGACUCUGAGGUUGUGGAGCUGCAGUCUGUCAGAGAUCAGCUGUUCUUCUCUGGCUUCAGCUCUGAGGUCAAACCCCUCUCAUCUGAGAGAACUGAAUCUGAGUCUAAACGUCCUGCAGGACUCAGGAGUGAAGGAGCUGUGUGGUUUUCUACAGAGUCCAACCUGUCGACUGGAGACUCUGAGGUUGUGGAGCUGCAGUCUGUCAGAGAUCAGCUGUUCUUCUCUGGCUUCAGCUCUGAGGUCAAACCCCUCUCAUCUGAGAGAACUGGAUCUGAGUGGAAACAUUGACAUGCAGGACUCAGGAGUGAAGGAGCUGUGUGGUUUGCUACAGAGUCCAACCUGUCGACUGGAGACUCUGAGGUUGUGGAACUGCAGACUGACAGAGAUCAGCUGUUCUUCUCUGGCUUCAGCUCUGAGGUCAAACCCCUCUCAUCUCAGAGAACUGGAUCUGAGAAGAAACGACCUGCAGGACUCAGGAGUGAAGGAGCUGCUUGAUCUACAGCAGAGUCCAACCUGUCGACUGGAGACUCUGAGAUGGGGGUCUUAGUGGAGGUGGGUGUGAAGAGGACAGUGUGUGUGGACGGAGGCUGAGCUGUGUCCUGAGGAUCCAGAGGCUGAAGCAGCAGCAGCUUGUGUGUAGAGCAGCUCUGACAGGGCCUUGUUGCUGGGAGGCAGAGUGGAGACAGAGCACCAGAGGAAUCAGAGGAGGUGAGCUGCUCUGAGAUCAGCUGUCACACAGUGUCCAGUCCACCGUCCUCCCUGUGUGUUCCUGUGGAUGUGACACAGCAUCAUCACUGGAUCCACUGCUGCUCUGUCCUUUGACUCACAAAAGUUAAAGUCGUAAAUAUUUCCAAGUUAUGUGACGAACAAUGUGUAAAUGAAGCUGUGAGAAGUCGCUGUUAUAAAUAACUAACUGCUGAGUUCAGACAAGCUUCUUAUAUUUUAAACAGUUUCACCCUGAUCCUGCUGACGGCAGCGUGUUAGCAUGUUGUGUUGAAAACUAAAGACAUCAGGUGAAAACCAUGAGCACUGCAGGGAAUCAGAAAGUGUAAAGUUGUGUUAUCUGAACACAGAUUGAUGAGACCAGGCUGUAAAUAAGAUGCUCAGGACAUUGAAGUAUAAAGUUAACAGUGAUUUCUAAGAGUUGAUGUAAAUGAAGGAGAAAAGAAAAUGACGAGGUGAAGAACUUUUUCAGAUGAAAUAAGAAACUGAAAUAUUUCAUGAGGUUGUUUUUCUGUUCAAAGUUAAUUUAAUCAUGUUAUUUGUCAAAUAGUGAAGUUUGACAUGAACAUAGUUUAAUAACCUGCUUCACCUCAUGACUCUGAUGUAAAGUGGUGUGAGUCUGUGGGUGAAGACGUUUAGAAACACAGAGAUAAUUGGUUUGGAGCCGGGAGCCUGAGGCUCUGCUUCACUGAGAAGAUGAAAACGUCUGGACUCUUCAGAUCUAAUCAGUUCAAUGACUUCAUGAAAAACAUGUGCACUCACAUUUUGAUGAUUUUCAUUCUCUCUGGAUUCUUCACACACAUGUUCAUAACUGAUCUGCAUGUUCCUGCUCAUGUACAGAGAGAACGUUUUAUACAAGUGGACUUGUAUGAAUGUUUUAUCAAUGAUUGUUGAUUAUUCUGAGUAUGAUCUCAUUCAGGUUCAUCAGAACAAACUGUUUAUACGUCAGUGUCUUAUUCAGAUUAUUGUCUUAAUCUGGUUGAUACCAGAAUAUUGUAUCCAUGGAAACGUCAAGCGGUGAUUGGUUGGUGAGCGACAUGUCGUCCGUCACGUUUCACAGCGACAACACAGAUAGAAUUUGUGAUUCAAUAAUCAGCUGAUCAGGCUCAUGGAGGAGAUUUAUGACCUAUACUGCAGCCAGCCAACAGGGGGCACUGCAGAUAAUUUGGCUUCAUCUUUAUUUUCAGUCUAAAUUUUAACAAUAUUAUUUCACGGUGUCUUAUUGAAUGUUGUCAGAUGAGAUCUUCUCUGUAAAGUCGCAGGUGACGGAUCUGACCUGAGUUUGAGUUUCUCACUUUCCAUGUUUCACUGUUUAACGGUAGAAGGUCGAACAUCUCAGCUUCAAAUGAUUUAAUUCAACUGCUGCAGGAAAACCAGGAAAUCCAGUUUGAUCAUCACAGAAACAUCUCUUUCAAACCUCAGCUUGUUUUAUUCACUUGUAAAAUCUUGUGUCUGCUUUGUUUACAUGAAUCAUUUCUUUAUUAUUACAUGAAAAUUAACAGUUUCCACCUCAUUAAAGAUUAAAUGCUCUGACAUCACA